AUGGAUCUACGAGAUGAAGCAUUUUAUGAUUUUAUUCGUCAAAUUUCUGGAAAGCGAGUGGUAGAGCUGCUUGCCUUUCAAGAUUGCAAUGGAGUUGACUCAUUUAUUGGAUGUCAAGAAUGUACUGAUGUACUUCGUUUUGAAUCUGAUCAAUUAAAUGAUCUUAAAAAGAAUAUGUGCAUUACAUUACGUGACGGAUCCGUUGCUCUUCUACCAGGUCUUGAAUCAUCGAUUAGUAAUCUCAUCAAACUCCUUAAAAGAGCUCCGAGCACUACUUCAUCCAAUCUAGCAAAAACAACUGUACCAACAUAUCAUUCAGCAAUUCAUACACCUUCACCAUCAGAUAUAUCAAUGUAUGCUAAUUCAUCUAACCCGUCAUCACUUUAUUUUUCAACUGCAUCUAAUCCUCUUAUAGAUCAGAUGUCAAAUAGAAUUUCAACAACUAUUAUCGAUUAG